GGAGGCGAAGUCUCAGUGCCUCAGCAGGCUCCAGCCGCUGAGCGGGGACAUCCUCCAGCCACAAGCGCAUCCAUCGCCCCCCUCUGCCCCCGCCCCGUGCUCCUCUUCCCCCCGCCAGCUCCGCGCCCAGUCUGAGCCGCGCUUGGCACGGGGAAGGAGCGCGCUCCUCGCCGCCGCGGACAAGGGGGCUCCGCUACGUCAAACGCGGGAGCUUGGAGGUGGAGGCUCUCGCUCCGGGAGGAGUCCCCGGCGGCGCUGCCGGGUGUGAUUGGAGGCCGGGGAGCCCCCCGCGCUGGAGCUGCCCGACGCGCAGACAGACUCGGCUGGCCGCGCAAGUUCUCUCCCGUGGAGCUAGCAGCCGCCCGGGCCGGGCACAUGUGCGAGAGCAUCCAGCGAGCGCUUCGCUGGCGAGCCGCCCCCAGCCGUUUGGAUUAAAAGCCUCACUGCAGCAGCCGAUCCAGGGGAAGAGGAGGCAGGUACCUAUUAUACCAUUUCUCUGGUGAAGGCUAUUCAGCAGUAGUGACCUCUUCCAAUCGAACACUCCACGAAUUAUUAUCUCUGGACUCCCAGCUGACACCCUGCCGGAGGCUAGAGCUACUGAGCCAACUGGAAUUGCGCCCACACUCUUAUCAAGGUUUUUUCUUACACAGGGGAAAAAAGAUGAAGUUGGGCAAAGUGGAGUUCUGCCAUUUUUUGCAGAUAAUAGCUCUUUUCCUGUGUCUUUCUGGGAUGAAUCAAGCAGAACUCUCAAAGUCCAGAUCAAAGCCCUACUUUCAAUCAGGGAGGCCAAGAACCAAGCGCAGCUGGGUGUGGAAUCAAUUCUUUGUGCUGGAGGAAUACAUGGGUACAGACCCUCUCUAUGUAGGAAAGCUUCACUCUGAUGUUGAUAAAGGAGAUGGCUCCAUCAAAUACAUCUUGUCAGGCGAAGGGGCAAGUUCCAUUUUCAUUAUUGAUGAGAACACUGGGGAUAUUCAUGCUACAAAGAGGCUGGAUCGGGAAGAGCAGGCCUACUACACGCUCCGAGCACAAGCACUAGAUAGGCUGACUAAUAAACCUGUGGAACCAGAGUCGGAGUUCGUCAUUAAGAUUCAGGACAUCAAUGACAAUGAACCAAAAUUUCUGGAUGGCCCUUACACUGCUGGGGUUCCUGAGAUGUCGCCCGUGGGAACUUCUGUGGUUCAGGUAACAGCUACUGAUGCAGAUGACCCUACUUACGGCAACAGUGCCAGAGUGGUGUACAGUAUUCUGCAAGGACAACCUUACUUUUCUGUGGAGCCAAAGACAGGUAUUAUCAAGACUGCACUUCCGAACAUGGAUAGGGAGGCCAAAGACCAGUAUUUACUUGUUAUUCAAGCAAAGGAUAUGGUUGGACAAAAUGGUGGACUGUCCGGGACCACAUCUGUAACUGUCACCUUGACCGAUGUCAAUGAUAACCCACCACGUUUUCCACGGAGGUCAUAUCAGUAUAAUGUCCCAGAGUCCUUGCCUGUGGCUUCAGUGGUAGCCAGAAUAAAAGCUGCAGAUGCUGAUGUGGGACCUAAUGCUGAAAUGGAAUAUAAGAUUGUGGAUGGUGACGGCCUUGGAGUUUUCAAAAUUUCUGUUGACAAAGAUACACAGGAGGGAAUCAUUACAAUUCAGAAGGAGCUGGAUUUCGAAGCUAAGACAAGCUAUACACUGAGGAUAGAAGCAGCAAAUAAGCAUGUUGACUCUCACUUUCAAAGUCUGGGACCCUUUAGCGAUAUGACAACAGUGAAGAUAAUUGUGGAGGAUGUGGAUGAGCCCCCUGUAUUUACCUCCCGUUUGUAUUCCAUGGUAGUAUCUGAAGCAGCAAAGGUUGGCACCAUCAUUGGAACAGUUGCAGCCCAUGACCCCGAUGUCUCGAACAGCCCUGUUAGGUACUCAAUCGACCGAAACACAGACCUGGAGAGAUAUUUCAAUAUUGAUGCCAACACUGGAGUCAUUACAACUGCCAAGUCUUUGGAUAGAGAAACUAAUGCUGUUCAUAACAUCACUGUCUUGGCUAUGGAGAGUCAGAACCCAGCACAGAUUGGGAGAGGAUAUGUGGCCAUCACUAUCCUUGACAUCAAUGACAAUGCCCCCGAGUUUGCCAUGGAGUAUGAGACCACUGUCUGUGAAAAUGCUCAGCCUGGCCAGGUAAUCCAGAAAAUCAGUGCUGUUGAUAAAGAUGACCCACCCAGUGGUCACCAGUUCUACUUCAGUUUGACAGCAGAAGCAGCAAAUAACCACAACUUUACUCUGCAAGACAACAAAGACAACACCGCAUCUGUGCUAACCAGGAGAAAUGGAUUCCGGAGGCAGGAACAGUCUGUUUUCUACUUGCCAAUAUUCAUUGUGGACAGUGGCUCGCCUUCACUUAGUAGCACCAAUACCCUCACUAUCAGAGUGUGUGACUGUGAUGCCGACGGCAUAGCCCAAACAUGCAAUGCAGAAGCAUACAUCUUGCCUGCAGGACUUAGCACUGGCGCACUUAUAGCAAUACUUGCUUGUGUACUGACAUUAUUAGUGCUGGUCUUGCUGAUUGUCACCAUGAGACGGCGGAAAAAAGAGCCACUAAUUUUUGAUGAGGAGAGAGAUAUCAGGGAAAAUAUAGUCAGAUAUGAUGAUGAAGGCGGCGGAGAAGAAGACACGGAGGCUUUUGAUAUGGCUGCCUUGAGAAACCUCAACAUCAUCCGAGACACCAAGACCAGAAGGGAUGUGACUCCCGAGAUUCAGUUCUUGAGCCGACCAACUUUUAAAAGUAUCCCAGAUAAUGUCAUUUUUAGGGAAUUUAUCUGGGAGAGACUAAAAGAGGCUGAUGUGGAUCCCUGUGCUCCGCCAUAUGAUUCCUUGCAGACAUAUGCCUUUGAGGGAAAUGGCUCAGUGGCUGAGUCACUCAGCUCUUUAGAUUCCAUCAGUUCAAACUCUGAUCAGAAUUAUGAUUACCUCAGUGACUGGGGGCCUCGUUUUAAACGACUUGCGGAUAUGUACGGAACUGGACCUGACAGCUUCUACUCAUAGCCUUGGAGCCUUUCUAUGUAACUGAACUGAAGAAAAACAAAAACAAAAACUCAACAUCUGGACUAAGGCAAGUUGUAAAUAUUUCUCCAUUUUUAACCUUUUAGGUUUUUUUUUUUGCCUUGGUGAAGCAUAUUUUCAUUAGACUUGUCCUAGGGACUGCACUGACCACACAGAACCUGAGCAUUUGGUGGCAUUUUUGAUAAAAUGAGAUGCUCAGCCAUAUCCAAAUAGAUAGCAACCCUCCUAUACCUGCAGAGGCAACUAACUUCUAAGAGUAUGUUGUGCACCGUGACUUCAAUGAGCCAAUGAUACCCUGUAGAUGCCUUCACAGUACUGCCAUGUCUAGAUUGUUAACAGGGCUGGCUCCAGGGGUUUUGCCGCCCCAAGCAGCCAAAAAAAAAAAAAAGUCGCGAUUCAGCAGGAGGUCCUUCGCUCUGAGCGGGAGUGAGGGACCCUCCGCCGAAUUGCCGCCGAAUACCUGAAAGUGCUGCCCCGCUCCGGAGUUGCCGUCCCAAGCACCUGCUUGAUAAGCUGGUGCCUGGAGCCGGCCCUGAUUGCAAAGUCUCUAAUAAGGGAUAAGUAGAAGAGGAAACAAACAAACACAAUCUUCCAUUCAAAACAAUCUUACAAUAUAUAUUGUACUUUUCUGAUACAAAAUCUUUUGGCAAAUUUUAUUUACAGUGUUGCAUGCAGCUUGCUUGCUCAAAAAAAACAAACAAACAAAAAACCAAACCCAGCAGAAUAUUUUUAUUGGUGGCGAUGAAAAGAGCUAUUUAAUCAGAAAUCUCUGUAAAUACCUAGGGUUAUCAAAACAAACAAAAAUAAUUGCAAACCAUGCUAAGAAAACCUGCAAUGUUUGUCAUCAACUUAUUGAAUUAAUUUACAAUCCAGAUAAAAUAAAAAACAUGGAAAUGGAUUCUUAAAUUUGAAAACGGUCUUGUGAUGCCUGUGUAGGUAUGCGAAGAGUUGCUGUCUAUUUGUUAUUUUUUAUUAUCUCUUCUGAUUUGUACAGGAGAAUUUAUCUUUUUUUUUAAUUUGUCAUAUAGAGUUAUAUUUAUUUUGGAGCUCCAGUCUCUGCUAAAUUCAGGUCCAUUUUAUUGCCUCGUGGUAUUAGACUCGUCAGAACAUGCUGAUUUUUCUCCAGUCUCAGAUACAUGAAGGAAAUGAAGCAUGGAAAUGGAGAAAUUACAGUAAAGCAAUCGAGCCCGCCAUUCAUCUCUCAGAAAGGAGCACAGCUACAAGGACACACAGUCAUUCUUCUGAGCUAUUACCAUGUCUGAGGCAUUUGAAUAAAAUAUUUGUACACUGCAUUUUCGAAAGAAGCCUCAGAGGUAGUUGGGAGUGUCUUUAGUGCGAGAUUUAGUUUUCAAGGUCACAUGUCCUAUGCGCUUGGAAGACUUUAAAGACCAUGCUUUUUUCUCCCCUUCUCUUUUGCUGUUAAUGAAUCACAGUAAAAGACUGUUAAAAUUUUCUUUCAUAUGUUAAGCAAUGUAAUGCUAUAAACUCCAGAAUCCAUCUUUUGAUCCUGACUCACAUAAGUAUUUUCCCCAGAGGAAUUAACUUCACAACACAUACUUUCUACACUGAUUCAGGAGUGCCAAAAUAGAAGGACAAUUGCAGUAGGUUAAAAUAUUGUACAAUUUUGAAGUAGGGUUUCUUAGAAUAAGACUUUUUUUUUAUAAUUCUGACAAUAUUUAUACUUCAUCUUUCAUGAUUUAUUAUUAGAAAAUAAGGCAUAUAUUCAAGUAACAAUAAUGUUUUCUUUUAAUAUUCUUUCCAUUUUUUUUCUUUUUGAAACAUAUGUAGAUGAGUUCCUAAAUAAGGCCCUGAUCUUACAAACAUUAUUCAUGUGUUAAAUUCCAAUGACUUGACUUCGCUAGGACUUCAGAAGCAUGCAUAAGUGUUGAAGGGUUAGGGCCUAAGUAUGAAGCAAGUAGUCACUCCAUAGUGGAUGAGGUUCACCCUGAAAGUGCUUCUUUCUGAAAAGAGGACCCUUAAAGUGGAAUUCUAAUGUAUGGAUUGCACAUGGGGGUGGGGGAAAAUACCCUCAAGGUUUUGUAAUUCUUGCAAUCCAGCAUUAUCAAUUAACUAUGUGAAAGUGGCCUUGAGCCUCAUUAAAAACGUAAUUUUGAUCAUCUGCAACACAGUUAUUUAAUUUGGAUAACAUUUGUGUAGACAAUCAUUGCUUCAUGAUUCAGUAGAUUUGCUUAUAGUUGUAUUAAAUCUAUAUAUAUAGAUAUAUAUAUAUAGAUAGAUAGAUGACUGAUUUUGUAAUGGAACUGAAAGAU